UCUAAACAUGGCUGGAGACAGUGAGAAAAACCUUGCAAAACCCGCUGGCAUUCCUGAGGCUGUAUUCGUUGAAGAUGUAGACAGUUUUAUGCAGAAACCCCAGAAUGAGUCUGCUGAGAUUGUGUUGAAGAGAUUAGAAGAACAGCAUCAAAAGUAUAAAUUCAUGGAAAUGAAUUUAUUGCAGAAAAAGAGAAGAUUAAAGGGCCAGAUUCCUGAUAUUAGAACAACUUUAGACAUUGUCAAACAUUUACAAAGUAAACAGGGUUCUGAAGAUGAGUUAAAGACACAGUUUCUUUUAUCAGACCAAGUGUAUGCCAAGGCUACUAUACUACCUACCAAGAAAGUUUGUCUGUGGCUAGGGGCUAAUGUGAUGCUGGAGUAUGAACUGUCUGAUGCCGAGGCUCUCCUCUCCAAGAACCUGAAAGCAGCAACAGAGAGCCAGACUCAGGUUGACAAGGACCUGGACUUUCUCAGGGACCAGUACACCACCACUGAAGUCAACAUGGCACGUGUCUUUAACUGGGAUGUGAAACGGCGGCAGGCAGCAGCGGGGAAAGGAUCGUCAUAGCAAGAGGACUGAAUCCGCAUCAGCAAUAUUAUUCCUUUCAUCGCAUGAGAGUAGCCGUUUUUUUUUUUAAUAGAAGUGGAUGUAUCGUACAAGUUGCAGAUUUGAAUCAAAUAAAAAGGACUGAAAGAACUAGUAUAUAUGUAUUUCAUUGAAACAAUGACUCACAAGAAUUUCAUGCAUUGUCAGUCAACAGGAGGAUUUAAUUUGACCCUUUAAUUAUCGGUCUUCGUUAUUUUUAAUGGUAUCCAACUGAAAGCAAGGAUUAGUUCACCUAUGACAAGUAGCCAAGUACAGGUAUUAUUUCUAGUAGACCAUUUCAUUAAAUUUGUCGGCACAGAGAAGUUGCCAAAAUAAUUGUCCAACAUCGGAGCUUUUCAGCCAAUCAAGCAAAGGGAAGUUAUCAGAUCUGGGGCCCGUUGCAGAAAGGGUUGCGUUUAUAAAACGCAAGCCAAAAAAUCAAUCGCAAGUCCCAAAUGCGCGCUGUUGAUUGGUUGAAAAUCAAUUUACGCAUGAAUUUUAGAGCUGCGAUUGAUUGCAACUCUUUCUGCAAAGGGACCCUGACAACUUGUCUGAUGUCAAGUACCUCCCACUAUGAUUAAGUUGCUAGGUCCAUCAUAUUUGUCUGACCCAGCAACUUGUCAUUAUGAAACUUUCAUUGUCAUUGGACAAAAAUGAUAUUAUAGGUAUCUUGUAUUCCAAGCACUUUAAACCUACACCACGCUGUGCAAAUGACUGCAACUGAAUUUAAUUCUUAAAAAUUCAAUCGUAUUUGGACAAGAACCAGAAUGGUCAACCAGAGAGAGAGCAAGCCAAAUCGUAUACCGUUCCCAGGCCAGCUAUGAUCGGUGGCACUGCGAUUCUCUGCCUUUUUGCCGUUGUCUAGAACCUGAUAGGCUAUAUUGUAAUGUGCAAUCUCGAUAUACCUAUUCAUACAGUAAUUUACAGUAAGUCGAACAAAUUUACCUCGUGAAUAUUUAGAAUCAUCACAUUUUUCUUUUUAAAAUUCAUUUGCAGUCAGUUCCAUAGUGAGGUGGGCUUUACUAGGACUGGUGAAAUUAAAUAUUAAAUGGUUUAUUCAUAUCUCAUAGCAAUCCUUUUGAAUAUUAGUCAAACACAUUUCAAAAAUUUCUUUGAUAUUGGUACCUUUGCUUCUUUUAGUUGGUGUACUACAUCCAAUAAAAUAAAAGAAUUUGUGGGGAGAUUUGUUGUUGGCACUGAUUAACUAAAACGCCAUCUUAAAAUGUAUUUAAUGAUUCUACACGCUGUGAGGCAACAGUUUGUUACUUGCAUUCUAAUCUUGAUGCUUCAAGCUAAAAAGCUAAAUUCACAUGAACCUCCCAACGUGUGAUGAGUUAAAAAAAAAUCAAAACAUUUGUAUGUUUUUGCUUCCUGUCUGUUCAUGAGUGACUUUUUAUAUUUUCCUAGUGUGGGCAAAACUUGCCCAAAUGAUAUUGUACAGAUAAAUUUUCUUUGUCCCUUGUAUAUCCAGAACAGUACUAGGGGUUCAAGAAGAUAAUCCCUUUUUAAUAGCAACUGUAUGUAGCAGUAAAUUGCCACUUGGUCCACACCCACUGUAUGUUUGGUCUCAUCCAACACGCUGUAAUCCUAGGUCAUCUCUGUACGACUGGUUUGUCUACUAACCAUUUGUUCUAAUUGCCACCAAGUCCAAUGUCUAUUUUGUCUAAUUGUCUCAUAUCUGGUCAGGCUAUUCCCACUGUGUCGAAUUUGUCAACUUGGCCAUUCACCAAUUAGUUUGCAUUAUGAGAUUUUAAGUUGAAAAGUGUAAAAACGUAAGAAGACAUACAUGUAUUGGGAAGUAGAAUAUCUGGGCCUAAGACUGAACGAUAGACCAACCGGCAAUUGGACCAAAGUGAUAGUAGACCAAGUGGAUUUAGUCAUGAUGGUGUAUAGAUGAUCAGAAAAUUGGACCAUCUGCAAAUAUUAUAAGUGAAUACAAACUUGUGUAGUUUUUACCAAACAUGACCACACACAUGCAAGAUUUAGUGUACAUGUUGAAGAUUCCAGCAGGAUUUGCAAUGGUUUAUUUCCAAUUGGUCGAAUUACCAACUCGUCUACUAUCAUUUUGUCUAUCAUCAAUUCGUCCACUAUCCACAUGGUCUAAUUGCCAUUUCAUCUACUCAUCAUUUCGUCUAAUAACUAGUUGGUCCAAUAGCCAUUAAGUCCAUAAACCAUUUGGAUAAGUGGUAAUUGGGUGAAAUGAAUGAAAAGAAAAUGGGUAUUAGACGAAAUGGUCAUCGACGAACUAGUGAUUAGAUGAAGUGAUUAAUGAACCAAAUAUCCUGGUUGUUAGAGGAAAGGUUUAUGGACGGAAUGGCAUUAGACUAAAUGAAGGUAGACCAUGUGAUGAGUGGACGAGUUGGCAAUAGACGAAUCUGCAGUUCACCUUUGCAAUUUUGAAUAUCACAUGGAAAUCUGGAUUUUCAAGAUGUUACGAAUCCAACCCCACUCUUCUUCUGCAAUCAGGAAACAAACUCAAGUUACUUAUUAAAUUUAUGUGUAGUUGUCGUUACUAUUCACAGGCGAUGACAUCGAGUUUGGAUGUUACUGCACCUCAAGCCCCUGCUGUAUUAGCUACUUAUUGACACACUUUGUAUUGUCGAGCAUUACAUACAUGUGUAUGUUAUUGCAUUGUAAAUUGUGUUAUUUUUUCUUAUGUUUGAAUUAAAUAUGCAGUGUAUUAAUAACUAAA